AUGAAUUAUACAGAAACAGGCUCAGAUGGCUACACUCUCGUCGACACGGAGGCAGCGCUCGUGAGCUUUCUGGACAGCCUGACCAAUCUAUCCACCGAUCCACCAGCCCUCUACCUCGACCUGGAAGGCGACAAUCUCUGCAAAGACGGCACUCUCACGAUCAUCUCCGUACUCGUACAUCCACUCAACCACGUCUACAUCAUCGACAUCCAGAGCCUUGGAAAUUCCGCAUUCCACACACCGACUCGCAACGGCACAACCUUCAAGUCCGUCCUGGAGGAUUAUCGCACCACGAAAGUCUUCUUUGAUGUCCGCAACGACUCCAACGCAUUGUUCUUCCUCUUCGGCAUUACCCUAGCUGGCAUCGAAGACAUUCAACUCAUGGAGAAUGCCUCUCGAGUCGACUACGGCCGCGGUGGGACCUUUCGAGCCUACGUAGCCGGUCUUGGCAAGUGCAUCGAGCGUGACGCAGGGCUGAGCCCAUGCGAAGUCACCAAGUGGAAGGGACUCAAGAGCAAGAUGGCGUCGAGGUUCGAUGCGACCAGAUCUGGGCAAGGCGUUCAUGUCUUCGCCGCUCGACCGCUUGACGUCGAAGCUCUGCAGUAUUGCGCUGAUGAUGUGCGUGUUCUUCCUCGUCUUCGGGAGACGUACGUGGCUCGGCUGAAUGUGGCGUGGAAAGACAUGGUCGAGCAGGAGACAGCUAAGCGAGUGCAGCUCUCGCAGAUGGUGUCGUACGUACCAAAGGGUCAGCACAAAGCUCGUGGUCCAUGGUGA